CUGCGGCCGCCUGGGGAAGAGGCAGCAUGCCCAGAAGGGUGGCCCUCUGCAGCUGGCUGGGCUUCUCCGCGCUCCUGGCGCUUUUCGCGCUGGGCAUCUUGGUGGGCUGGAGUGUGAAAUCUGUCGACCGAUCAGCAGGCCUGGCAGACGGCUAUCAAGAUGCAAGAAGGCAACUCUUUGCUGAAAUGAAAGCGGCCAACAUCAAGGAGUUUUUGCGCUCUUUCACAAAGCUCCCUCAUGUGGCAGGAACAGAGCAGAAUCUACACCUGGCGAAGGAAAUACAAGCCCAGUGGAAGGAAUUUGGCUUAGACACAGCUGAACUGGUUCACUACGACGUCCUACUUUCCUACCCAAAUCAAAGCGCUCCCAACUAUGUGUCUAUUACAGAUGAGCGUGGAAAUGAGAUUUUCAACACAUCACUUUUUGAGGCUCCUCCUCCAGGAUAUGAAAACGUUUCCGGGGUGUUGCCACCUUAUAAUGCUUUUUCACCCCAAGGUGUUCUAACGGCAGAUCUGGUGUAUGUUAAUUAUGGACGCACUGAAGACUUUUUCAAGUUGGAGAGAGAGAUGGGAAUCAAUUGUACGGGAAAGAUUGUGAUUGCUCGAUAUGGGAAAAUCUUCAGGGGAAAUAAAGUUAAAAAUGCCAUGUUAGCUGGAGCUAAAGGGAUUGUACUUUACUCAGACCCUGCUGAUUAUUGUGCACUUGGAGUGAAUCCCUAUCCGGAUGGGUGGAACCUUCCUGGAGGAGGAGUCCAGCGUGGGAACGUAUUGAACUUAAAUGGUGCAGGAGAUCCGCUGACCCCAGGGUAUCCAGCCAAAGAAUACACCUUCAGGUAUGAGGUUGAGGAUGGUGUCGGGAUUCCCAGAAUCCCAGUUCAUCCCAUUGGCUACCACGAUGCGGAAAUACUAUUACGUUUCAUGGGAGGUGCUGCAGCCCCAGACAAGACGUGGAAGGGAAAUCUCAAUGUUUCCUACAAUAUUGGACCGGGAUUUUCAGGUGAUCACUCCACAAGAAAAGUCAGAAUGCAUGUUCACACCAUCAAUAAAUUAACACGCAUCUACAAUGUGAUUGGGACCAUCAAAGGAGCGGUGGAACCAGAUAGAUAUAUCAUCUUCGGAGGCCACAGGGAUUCUUGGGUUUUUGGCGGGAUUGACCCAACCACGGGGUCAGCCGUUCUUCAAGAGGUCGCUCGGAGUUUUGGCAAGAUGGUAACAAAAGGUUGGAGGCCUAGAAGAACGAUCAUUUUUGCCAGUUGGGAUGCAGAAGAAUUUGGAUUAUUAGGAUCUACCGAGUGGGCAGAGGAGAAUGCCAAAAUUCUGCAGGCCCGGGCUGUCGCUUACAUCAACACGGAUUCUUCUAUAGAGGGCAACUACACAUUAAGAGUUGACUGUUCUCCCCUUCUUAACCAGCUGGUAUACCGUCUGACCAAAGAGAUCUCAAGCCCCGAUGAAGGGUAUGAGAGCAAAUCUCUCUACGAGAGUUGGCUCGAAAAGGAUCCUUCCCCAGAAAGCCCACAUCUUCCCAGAAUAAACAAGUUGGGAUCGGGCAGUGAUUUUGAAGCAUACUUUCAACGGCUGGGGAUCACAUCCGGCAGAGCCCGUUACACUAAGAAUAGGAACCUGGACAAAUUCAGUAGCUAUCCUGUUUACCACACCAUCUAUGAGACCUUUGAACUGGUCGAGCGGUUUUACGACCCCACUUUCAGGAAGCAGCUUGCUGUUGCCUGGCUGCGAGGAGGGCUGGUGUACGAACUCGCCAACUCCCAAGUUAUUCCUUUUAAUUGCCAAGAUUAUGGCAAUGCUUUGAGAUCCUACAGCCAGGAGAUCUACGAUCUGGCCCUGAAACACAAGACAGAACUUGAAAUGUAUGAAGUCUCCUUCGAUCCCCUCUUUUCCUCCGUGGCUAAUUUCACAGCCGCUGCAGCAGAUUUUCACCAAAGGCUGUCACAGCUUGAUAAGAAGAACCCCAUGGCCGUGCGGAGCACGAAUGAUCAGCUGAUGCUGCUAGAGAGAGCUUUCACGGACCCGCUGGGCUUGCCAGGCAGGCAGUUUUACAGGCAUGUUAUUUUUGCACCAAGCAGUCAUAACAAGUAUGCCGGAAUCGCCUUCCCUGGGAUCUACGAUGCCAUGUUCGACAUCGCGAGCAGGAGGGAUCAGCGGAAAGCAUGGCAGGAAGUCAAGAGGCAAAUCUCCAUCGCAGCCUUCACACUGCAGGCUGCCGCAGAGACACUAAGAGUUGCAGCAUAAGGCAGUCUUUUCCACAGGGUUGAUCACAAGAGGUGCUUUUGGCACAGCCGACUGACGCCAGGGAAGCUCACCGUCUCCACAGAUGCAGCAGCUGCAUCAUAACAACGCUGUUUCCUUGGUAUUUGCAGGAAGUUAGAAACAUGUGGCAGGCAAGUCCAGGAUGAGAAGAUCCGAUGCAUUCCCUAGUUCCCAUCCCCACGCUUUUCUGUCCUUACUUAAGGCCACUGACCUGGACAAUGCAAGGGGCAAAAUUCAGACCUGCCCAUUCCAACCCUGGCCUUGUAACCUUGAACUGAGCCCAAGUCCUGAAAGAAAACAACACGUCUCCUUUCUCUGUUCUAUCACAUGUUGCAUUUGGGAUGGACUUUAUGGACACGGCUGCCAGGAUUUUCAUAGCUCCUUACCAUUGCGGUCCAAGCUGUUAAAAGCCAAAUCGGUUCCUCUCUGAAUAGCUCUGUCUUGGAGUCUUGCUUUGGACGUGCAACAAUAAGAACUCAACUUUAUAUGCAAAGAUGCAAGCCUGGAUCCUCGCUCUUUUUGCACCGGCAGAAGGCACUUCUGUUGAUGGAAGAAGCUUUUCACAGAUCCCUUCAACAGACUCCUGCUUGGCCUCCUGUACUGUUCCUAAGGGUUGAUCAGUCCCCAAUUUCUUGAGGCUGUAAUAAAGAAGAGGAACAGGGAAUCGAAAAGUUCUCCUCGGUGGCACUGCUAAGUAGGAUCAAAGCCCCAGCUUGGGUGUACGCCAUGUUAGAGCACUAACACACGAGUUCAGGCUUCCUCCAUUGUCUGGUCAGUCCACCGCACCACCUAAGGAGCCCGUGAUAAGUGAUGCUUGUCGUUAGCUUGCCUGCUCUGAUAAGGGAUGCUGCAGUCACGAGUCUGAUCUGAUACGUACUUCUCCCUCUAUAAACCUCAGUGCUCCAUAAGAUCAGAAGAGGGUUUGAAUGCACACGUGCCCCCUUCUCUCACGUAGAUUAGAUGUGUGCUUAUACAGGCAGGAUCCUGCUGAGCCUGGGUGCUACAACUGCAUUCCAAUGGAAAUGAGAAAUUCCUCCACUUUAAGAUCGGCGAAGGGUCAGGGCAGGAGGAAGCAAUCUGUCGAAGCUAUAAAAGGCAUAGAGCUAAAAACACUAAAGACCCUUCCAGAUGUGCACGUUUUCCAGCUGUUCAGUCCAUGGGUAGUCUGUGUCAGCGACUGCUUGAGUUUCAAGGGUUGCUGUUCAUUUAUUGCAUUGAUUUCCCACCUUUUUCAUUUACUAACUUUACAUGGGAUUCCCAAGAACGUUAUCCUCGAGGCACCGACCAGGGCCCACCUGGUUAAAUUUCAGCAUGGUUAGCUGCUCUACAGUUGAGAGAGGGCAGGAAGUCUCAAAGACAUCCAGUGCAGGAAUCUUAUGUGCAUCUUUUAGGAUCUGAGCCUGAAUGUAGUUGCUUGCUGACAAUCACAUUAACGUGCAAGAGGUGGGGUUCAGGGCUUUUUUUCAGGGGGAACGUGGGGGAACGGAGUUCCAGAACCUCUUGAAAAUGGUCACUUGGCUGGUGGCCCCGCCCCCUGAUCUCCAGACAGAGGGGAGUUUAGAUUGCCCUCCACAUCGCUGGCGU